ACGGGCUGUCGUGUGUCAGUCAGGACGGCCUGGCUUGUGUAUUUAGGGCGGACCAAAAGCAAUUGGAUUUAAUAAAGCAAGCGGAUCGACAGCAGUCUGGUUGCUUGGGACAGCGGCGGUAGCGGGCGGGCUUGUUCGCUUGUUCGGUUGUCGAGCGGCAGUCCAGGGCCUGGUCAAAGAUGAAAGUGGUCUUUUCCCUUGCCACUUUGGCCGUGGUGCCGUGGUCGACGGGAGUUGGACGCUGGGAACUUGGACGGUGCUUCGUCGCAAAGCUCGGGCCCUUUGUUUACUUUCUUCCGUUUUGGUAUAGCUGGGGGAGCUCCGGGGAACCGCAAUUUGGCACCAGGGGGGGGUACUUUGUAAUGUACUAUGAACCGGGGCGAGUCAGCCGAUCUUGCGACAAAAAAAGCAAGCGAGAAGAGAUCGGUCGAGAGCCGUUGUUUCUGAAGCAUCGUGAGAAUCGCGAACAAGAAAGAAAGCGGAGGAGAGGAUUAGGAUGUGGGAGUGGUUGGCGGUUUAGUGCUUGAUAUGCAGGAGAGAGAGACAGAGGAAAAGACGGAUCCGCAGGACGGGCGAGAAUGCAAAGUGUGCUAAGUGAUUAGAGAGAGGUGUGCUCACUGAUAGCUGUCGUGUGAGUGCUUGCGUCGUUUG